GAAAUGCCAAGUCCCAUGCAAAGGGCUUAGAAAAAAAAACCAGUUGGGUGAGGUCGGCACAAUCCUUGGGCUGACGUAUUCUCCUCGGGGCCUGUCACAAAAUAUGUGUAAAUAGGUGCGCGUGACAUCAUUGUGCAUUACGAGCCGGCCCGCCACUGCAGCUGCCACGACUGCUGAUCCAGAGCAACUCGAGAGCAAUAUAUAUGUGUGUGUGUCUAUUAUUGAAACAAUAAAUUAUCGUUCGGAAUUCACUCUGUUGGCAUCAUUUGGUCCAACUCCGUAGCAGUUGCGCGGAACAUAUCCCACGCGAGUCAUGGCAAGUCCUCGACUCGAGUUGAGCUCGCUGCCGAGCGAGUGCCCCCUUCAGAGGUCUGGCUCCACCGACUCGGGACUCGACAGCCCCACGCAGGACGACACGGAGGGCACCUACGACCCGUUCGCCUCGCCGGCAGCAGACGAGGCGGAGGAGGAGGAGGAAGAGGAGGCGGGGGAGGAGGAGGAUCCGUCGUGCUGGAAUAUCGAUGACCUGAGCGGGUGGCACGGGGAGGAGAGGGACAUGCAGGGGUUCAGCCUGCCAGCACGGACUUCGGAUGGCAGCAUUCCACCGGCGGAUGAGCAGAGCGACCAUCGUCCAGAAGUGCUCCAGGCGCCGUCCCGCGAUGCGCGUCUCGGCGUGAGCCGCGUCGCCCAGACUCCGUUAAGUGGGGGCCCUGGGAUGCUGCUGCACGCAGCUGCCGCUUGCGAGUCUGAGUCGUGGGGCCGAGAGGCACGGAGAGCUCCCAUCGCCUUUGGGCCCGACGAGCCCGAUCCCACCACCUCUGAUGUCGAUGGCAAUGACCAGGAGAGCAGAGAGGAUGCAGAUUCACGCCUGGGAUCACCGAUUACCAACUCCAACACGGACCCAUGGUCAAUCCACUGCUGGAUGGAGGGCUCCCCAAGAUGUCGCCAUCUCUCACGAUCCUGCGAUGUAAUAUCUGCCUAGCACCUGCACACAAUCUGAUUUCAUUGCUCCAUCUCCGCGGUGGAUGUUUAGAUACAAUUAUUAUUAUUUACAGCCCUUUAUCAAUCCACUUGUGGAUAAAGGCCUUGCCAUGCAGUGUCAAUCAUGGGGGUUGUUUCGUCAUACUUCACCGCGUUGGUCAGUGUGCAUUGGUGAAGAAGGUAGGAGCAGGACCAAUUCGGAUACCGCUCACUACUCUUAAACUACUCUUAAACAAGAUGGAAAGAACACAGCAUUGUGAAUCUGUUCCAAGACAGUUGUCAUCCAUACCGCAACUAUACAACAAUGGACAUUGUGCACUAAUGCCCAUUGCACAUUGGGAUCCGAGGAUGGAAUGCGCAUUAUACAUUUUUUUUAAAUUAAUAAUGGUUGUGAGUAAUAAUAUGCAAUCAUGUUUAGGACAGUUGUUGGAUGUGUGACUAAUUGGUAGUUUGUGAGGAGACUUAUUACACAAAAAAUUGUUCAGUCCCCUUUAGCCACUUAUUCUUUCAAUGGGAUGUCUCACAAACUGAAUCUCAAACGUCACACAUCUAAUACAUGUUGACGGUCUUUGCUUAGUGAUUGAUGUAAAUUGUAAUGACGUUAUAGAGGCCUUAGUAAGAUGGCAUUUGGGUCAAUUUUAAUAAAGUCUAUGCUUAUAAAGAUGAAAAUACAAAAAACAAAUAGGCCCCCCCCAAAAUAUUUGUUUUACUUUUUAGUUUUUUAGAGUCUUAAUAAUGUUUAUAUCUGGAGCUUUUUUAAGGGUGUUGAAUCCAAAUAUGGCAUUCAUAAAAAAAAACUGCUUUGGAUCCUCUAAAUUUAGGGGGCAAUCGUUUUUAUUUGGAAGUAACUUGGGCCUACGAUCCUUUGAUUGUUAACUAUUUGAAGGAUGCUGAAUCCCAACGUGAAAUCACAUUUGAAAGACUCACGUUUUUAAGUACCUUUUUUUUAAAAAGCAUUACGCGUGAGCCAAUACAGAGUGGGCAAGAGCCACAACUGGUUGCAAUUAAUAAAUAAAAUAGGUUUAUUUGCAAAAGUCACACCUUUUAUAGUUUUUGCGAUAUGAGGACGACAUGCUGCAAAGAUAUGUACAAGCAUCGGUUAUUUUUCUACUGACACGCGUCUUUUCUGCCACAGCUCCUGACUGAUAGUGGAUUUGUCUCGGCUGUGGAUGCAGAGAAUUCCGAGGACUCGGUCUCUGAGGACACCAACCGGUGUUCGAGAGAAGUGAAGAGACUUUCACUCUACAAGGUCAGUUCAUUUGACGUGAGCGUCCCUGUUUCCGUGCGUGGUUAGGAAAGAAUGCAUCAUCAUCAUCGUUAUCAUCGCCAGCCACUGUACAACCUUCAGGGUGGCUCAGGGGGAAUGUGAGCAGCUCCCGAUGGGAAGGUUGCGCGUUCAAAUCCUAGCUGGAGUUGGCUCAGCCCAUCAAUCCUUCAGAGGGUCAAUAAAAUCACGUAACACUUUGUGGGGAAUUCAACAGCGCUUGUCCUACGGAUAGCCUGGCCUCCAUCAUGGGAAUGUGGAAUUUCCACCACUGGCUCAGGGCUGUAAACAGAAGAUGAGCACUGCCUCAAUGCUCAUUUGAACAAGAGAUCACUUUGGCUUUGUCUAUCGGCUGCUGGAUAAAGGCCUCCCCACAGGGUCACCGCCGGCGAAUCGUUACACCACCGAAUCAUGUUUUGUGGAUUCAGCAGCCUCCCAAAAUGUCACGGUGCUUCCGCUUUGCUCAGCACGAGGACCUUACAGUCUCAGCAGGAGACAUGACGUAGGCCUCCAGCCACUGUGGAGAAAUCCCCGCUCAGAACGAGGAUUGUCUCCAUCUGCAAGUGGAAAUCAAUCCUCCCAGCAAACUGGCACCAGGAUGCGCUCACGAAUGGCGGGGGGGGGGGGGUCAAGUGGAACAUUACCAGCGGGGGAAGUUUACACAACACCAGAGUCCACGCCGCUCGCUCGUGAGUUGAAUCCUAGGUGCUGUGCAAACGUUCAUGGAAAGGAGUGCAUGCCACUCGCUCUGUGCUUCUCCCACAAAUGCAUUGCAUAAUUACAUGGUUUAUAAGUUAGUGUUUACUCACGCAGAGUAUUUUACAGCUCAAAUGCUACGUAAUUAAUUGAAGUACAUUUGAAUGCGGCCUCGCGCAAAUGUAAAGAAAGGUUUUAAGAGUGCAACAAUAUAAACACAUUUGCCUACCUCAGGCUAUGUGCUCUCUCAAGAUAGCCACUUGCGUGCAUCAGAUGUGCAGCCUUCGCCAAGGUCGACGGGUGUGGUUCAGGAGUCACGUGAGUUGCAUUACCGCAGUCUCCCGGGGGGAAGAAAAAACAACCCAGUUGACUCGAUCACGGAGCCCCGACUCGGCUCCGGGCAGACGAAAUGAGAGUGUGAUCCAACUGCUGUAGCCCACACGAAUGCUCCAAGUGGCGCAUUAACCCGCAGUGCUCUUUUCCGUCUCAAACAACCUCGAUCCCAAAGCCACGUGGUGCUCGUGGUGUGUGAGCUACGCCGUUGGCUGUGACGCCUGCCAUCAAGAAGUACGCUCGCGAGAGAUGUAGGUCUUCUUUGCAAAGUACAUUUCAAGAACGCUCGCACUCAAUGGGGAAGGUAUAGACUGUCAUAUUUAUCUCGUAGCAGUUCACAGGAAUAAGCAUGGAGCACAACGUUAAUUCCAAUUUGCGUCAAAAUGUUAUAUUUUACCCGCAACCAUCCGUUUUAGGGUUCAUUUCCAACGCCACGCCCGAUAAGCCAACGGCAGCGGGUGAAGGACUAAGCCCCAUGCUUUAGAGUCACUAAUUAACUCAAUCACACGGAAGAACAUGAAAGGAAUAAGCAAGUUUGCAUAGUUUUGUAUUAUAGCACUUAAUAAUUUAUUAUCAUAAUAAUAGUAACAAUGAUCUCACUUUGAUAACUGCGCAUUGAUGAAUGUUGGCACAGCUAUCCGGAUAUAAAUGCGAUAAACAAUGGAAAGGAGACAAGCACCCAAGACAAAAACGUGCGAGGCAGUUACAGUCAACGAUGGUUUUGAUUUAUAAACGAGUUUUUGCGUAACUCAUUUUACAGUGGUUGAAGUGGAGACCUCCAGUUCUUUCCCCUGGGCAAAGUGCAAGCCUUACCAAGUAACCAAACCAGCCACUUGUGUUCGUCUGCAAGCCUACAUUGAGAUCUGCAGUUAAAAGAAAACUAAAUUUAUCGAAAUGUUAAUUAUCGUAAAAAGGAUUAUUAUGCCAAUUACUGAAUUUCUGUGUAGGUGCGUAGAUUAAACGGCACGUCGUGUCACGAGAAAUAUGUUGUGGCACGGAAAGUGGCACGUAGGGAAACGAUGUACGAGUCGUCCGCUUCAUGAGUGUUUUAUUUAUUAGUCAAAAUCCAAGUUGUUCCCCGGCUCCGAUAAACAUGGAGCAGCAACAGCAGCACUCGUCUUUGCUGGUAGCCCUAAAUCAGUGGUGGAAAUGUCACGUGCCUUUGGCGUGGUCUUUUGUUUUUGUACAUUGUGUAUAUUUUGUGUAUUUGUCUGUGUAUAUUUUGUGUAUUUGUAUGUGGGGAGCGGUAGUGUAGCGGUUAGCGCGAGGCGAUUACAACCCCGGCGGCCCGCGUUCAAUUCCUGCUCACGGCCAACACCAACCACCAGUGACGAUUAUCUAAAC